AUGUCCGGCUUGGAAGGCCUCGCUGCCGUCAGUUUUGCUGGCAACGUCUUCCAGUUCAUCGAUUUUGCAAUCACGCUUUACGAGCGUAUCGACCAACUCUCCUUAGGCACCACAGCGGCAGGGGAAGUCCCCAGGAAGCUCGAAACUCUUGCCAAUCGAUUGUCAUCUACCGCGGAAACUCUCAAAGCACUUGAUCAAGAGGGCCUUACUGCGGUGGAAAAUGACAAGAAAACACUCGAGGCAUGUACAGCUCGAACGAAGGACUUGGACGAGCGGUUAAAGAGGUUUACGGUAAAGAACAGCAAGCCUGGCACUUCGAAUCUACAGAAAGGGGCGAAGAAGGCGGAGAGGGUUUGGAAGGCAUUGAAUUCCGUUCAUGCAGAUGAUGAAAUCGAGGAUCUUCAAAGGAGCUUAGAUAGGCUUCUCGAUUUGGUGAGCUUGCAGCAUCAGCUCCGAAUGGCGAUCAAGAAUGACCGCAACCACGAGGAUAUCGUAAAGCAAUUGGAAAGCCUCUGUCUCGAAGUUGCCGCAAAGUCUACUGUCAUGCGAGAACCUGAUGUUCCAAUAACAAUCCUCCCAUUCACUCGUAACCAUAAUUUUGUGGGAAGGGUCGAGUUCCUUGACGACAUUGAUCGCAAAUUCAGCUCUGGGCAGCGUAGCGUUGCUCUAUGCGGGCUUGGGGGUGUCGGGAAAUCUCAAAUUGCCCUCGAAUACUCAUUUCGCUUUCGAGAAAAAUCGCCCCAAGCCUCGAUCUUCUGGGUCUAUACGAGCGCUGGUGUCAAUUUUGAGCAAAGUUAUAACAAGAUCGCCACAUGUUGUGGUGUACCCGGACGUGAGGAUACGGAGAAGAAUAUGAUGCAGCUUGUCACGGAUUGGCUCGAGAAUCACUACGAGCUCGAAUGGCUUAUGAUCAUAGACAACGUGGACAGCAUCGAGACUUUCUUCAAGAUAGAGAUCCAUGGCAAAAAAUUGAUUGAUUACGUCCCACAGAGCGCGAAUGGUUCUGUGCUCUACACAUCCAGGAACCGAGACAUUGGUGUGGACCUUACGCAAGAUUACGAUCCAAUAAUGAUCACGUCGAUGAACCUAGAGGAAGCUCAACAUCUGUUGGGCAAAGACUUGAUCGGCCGCAGCACCUCUGAAGAUCGUCGUGACCUCCUCGAGGAGUUGGAUUAUUUACCCCUUGCCAUCAACCAGGCUGUUGCGUAUAUGACCAAACGUCGCAUAUCGAUUAAAGAGUAUCUAGUCCUGUUCAGAAAAAGUGACUCUAACAAAGUGCGCCUUCUCAAACACGAAUUUAGCGACAAUGGAAGAGAAACGAGGCGAAUGGAGUCCCUGGCAACGACUUUUAUUGUGUCCUUCGAAUACCUGAGAGCAGAACAUCCUAACGCUGCUGAUUUGUUGUCCAUUAUGAGCUAUUUCGAUCGUCAAAGUAUUCCUAGAUCGUGUUUGCAAAGCGAAAAUACUGAUCCAUUGGACUUCGAGGACUCGAUAGAGUUCCUGAUUGCCUUCUCCUUUGUCACAGGCGACGAUCAAGUACGAGGGGAGAACGGUGAUAAUGACGGGUUUAACGCCGGGUUUAAGGGGUAUUCAUACAGCAUGCAUCGUCUGGUCCAACUAGCCACUCGCCAGUGGCUCAAAGAGAAUAAAACCGGCAAAGAAGAUGCGUUCGCGUCCCAGGCGAUCCAACGCUUCCAAACGCAGAUGCUAGCGAUGAAGCCUUAUCGUAGAGAUUAUGCCUUACUUCAAUAUUCCCCCCGCGUCAUGCCCUACACCCGGAUGUCCAUGCGUGGAUCAACGAUUCCCUGGAGAACUCACCACCAGACACUGCUAGCUGUGCAGCUGCAUCAUCCAACCACAGAGACCAGACUGGCGCAAGCAAGCCUUCAUUUCGAAUCGGCAAUCUUGGCGUCGUCGGAUCGAAACGACACUUCGGCAGUCGCUCACGCAACUGAAUCGCUCGAGAUUCGAUCUGAGAUUUUGGGUCGUGAAGAUUUAGAGACUUGCAGAUCUGCAGCUCUGGUGGCUUAUUGUCGAGCAAGAGAAAACGAUACUGUGCGGGGGGGCCUGGAUUUUGGAGCCUUACAUACGGUACGGGAAGGAUGGGGUAAUGAGGACGAUGAGAUUAGAGGUCUUUUGCGACAGGCACUGGACGGAUUCUAUCAACAUUUCGAACUUGCUGUCGAGGAUGCAACAAACUGUUUCCUAGGUCUUGUAAAUCUUUACCUGUUGAGGAAGGUAGGAGAGGACGAGCAAGCGGAGAGCCUAGUUCGUGAACUCCUUGAGAGAAUGGAAACCCUGCCGGAUCGGGGAGAAGAGGUUUCGGGCCAGGGCAACCAGCUAUUUACUACUCAAGGUAUCACCAUGAUCAGAUACGAACAUCUGCUCCCUCGCUUUGAGGACCAACUCGAGAAGUUUCAUCGCCCGCUGGUAAACCCCGACGUUGAAGUGAACGAUGCCCUUCAAGAACUCGCACGCGAUCUCCACGUAAGCGCCUUACCCUAG